AAAGAAGCUGAGGCUGAGACAAAUCCCUGCGGAAUGGGGUAGUAAUGUGGAGUACCGAGUCUGGUAGUGAUCUGCUAGGUUGACACCACAUGUUCACACUUGCUCUUUAUUACUUCUUCUUCUUCUGUUAUUUUUUUUUUUCCUGAUCGACGAUUCUGCUUACAUGACAACUGGUACGUCCGGAUAAAGAUAGAGAAUGUUCCCGUCCUCGCAUGCGCCUCCCCGACGUCUCUCUCUCUCUGUCAGUAGUGUGUGUUGAUUGUGCUAUAAAUACGACGCUAGCAUCUUGGCAAAACCUUGAAAACCCAUCAGCAGGUUUCCUCUCUGUUUGUCUCUGAUAUCUCCAUUUUUGCCAUGGCUGUUAACAGGGCUUGCUUUGCUUCAUUUGUCAUCAUCUCCCUUGUUGUUCUUCAUCUAGUUGAAGCUGAUCGAAUGUUGAGCAGUACAGAAGGUGCAGAAAGCUAUUCAUCGAACGCCAUAGAUUGUGGUGCAGCAUGUGCAGCGAGAUGUAGGUUAUCUUCGAGGCCGCGACUCUGCAAGAGGGCAUGUGGAACCUGCUGCUACAGAUGCAACUGCGUCCCACCUGGCACCUCCGGCAACGAAGAGGUCUGCCCUUGCUAUGCCAAUAUGACCACUCGUGGCAACAAGCACAAGUGUCCUUAACUAUUAAUUUCAAUCAAACCACUCUUCAUUCCUUACAUUAUUAGCUUUACUAGCUACUUGUUUAUUUAGAAAAUAAGAAACGAUGGACCCCCGGCCAUCUCUAGCUUCUUCAAAAUAAAAAUGCUUGAAAUAAUAAUAAUUAUGGUAUUUAUUACCUACUAUUUGUGAUUAUUGUACCUGUCUGUAUUUGCUAGCUUAAAAUGUGGAAAGAUGUAAGGGUGAUCUGGUAAUUUUCUUUAAGA